UUAAUGGUUGGAUAUGAGGGAGGCAGCCAAAUCUUUGAAGAAAACAAAACAAAAAUUAAGAAAAAUAUGGGAAGGUCUCCCUGCUGUGAUGAGAGUGGCCUCAAGAAAGGCCCCUGGACUCCUGAAGAAGAUCAAAAGCUUAUCAAAUACAUCCACAAACACGGCCAUGGCAGCUGGCGAGCCCUCCCCAAACUCGCCGGUCUUAACAGAUGUGGGAAGAGUUGCAGACUUAGAUGGACCAACUAUUUAAGGCCAGAUAUCAAGAGAGGAAAAUUUUCCCAGGAAGAAGAACAAACAAUUCUGAAUCUCCAUUCAGUCCUCGGAAACAAAUGGUCGGCGAUUGCCAGCCACCUGCCGGGACGGACAGAUAAUGAAAUCAAGAAUUUCUGGAAUACCCAUCUCAAGAAAAAGCUUAUACAGAUGGGUUUUGAUCCUAUGACUCACAGGCCUCGAACUGAUAUCUUCUCAACUUUGCCUCAACUUAUAGCUCUUGCAAAUCUUAAGGAAAUGAUAGAUUACCAUUCAUUGGAAGAACAUGCUGUGAGAUUACAAGCAGAAGCUGUUCAAAUGGCUAAGUUCCAAUACUUGCAGUAUCUCCUUCAAACUCAAACUCAGCCAUCAGCAGCUUCUGUUGGAGCUAGCUCAAACAAUAUAGCCAACACGCCUACGAGUUGUUUCAGUGAUUUGGAAACUUUCAAUCUUUUGAACUCACUUGUUCCGAUUAAAGACAGCCCAGAUUCAAAUUCAAUUACCCAGUUGGAUUUAUCAUCAUCAUCGGCAGCUUCUCUUCCAGGGCUCACUAAUUCUAUCCCUUUCUCUCAUUUACCUGACUUACAAAUCCCUUGCAGCUAUCAAACACCACUAAACAAGGACACAAUUAAUCAGGCUAAUCCUCCUCCUGAGUUUACAGUGUUUAGCCAAGGAAAUAACUCUCCAAACUCUCCUUGGCCUCCUUCUUCUUCGUCAACUCCAUGUCCUCCGUCUAAGGUUGCUCCGCCGUUUGUUACACAGACUACUUCUUCCCUCAACACCUUGGGGGAUGCUUCUAGCACUACUACUUCUAGCUAUGGAGGGGAAGCUCCUACAGUUUGGCAGGAGCUUCUCCUUGAAGACCCUUUGUUUCAUGAGAUUGCUUAGCUUUUUUACAUAUGUGUGAAAAGGUUUGGAGUUGAUUGCACCACCACUUCACUGUGUAAUACCACAACAUUUUUCAUAUAUAUAUAUACAUAUAUAUAUAUAAUUACAUAUACUUUCUACAUAUUAACA